AUGUUUAAUGUAUUGGAAUCAAUUUAUACACAUUUUUCUCUUCCUAAAAAAAAUAAAAUAUUAGAUGAAUUUCAAAUGAAUCUUGGUCUUUCAGAACGAUCUAUAAGUAAAAUUUGUGAUACACGAUGGAUAUGCAGAUAUAAAACCUGCAAUGCUAUAAAAACAAAUUUUAAAGCAAUAGUUAGGGCAUUACGAUUUGAAAAUAAUGAGUCGGCAGAUAAAGAUGCUACUCAAUAUAUAAGUAUGAACAUUUCUUAAACUAUUUAAAUACCUAUAAAUAUAUAUUAUACUUUAAGAAAAAGCUUUGGUAUACUUUAAUAUGUCUAUGUAUUAUUUAUAUUAAGUAUUAAUUACUUUUGAAACAGUUAUAGAUAUAUUAAGCUCAAUCGAAAAAGCAUCAUUUGUAGUUCAUAUGUUUGUACUGAAUGAUGUUUUAAUUAUAAUAUAUAUUUUAAGUAAUCAACUACAGAAAAAAACAGAACCAUUGGGUAAUGAAGCUAAUUUGAUAAAUGGAGUUAUCACGUCCUUUGAAAACAAUAGAUCUGAUGAAUAUGUUUCAAUAUUAUAG